AUGGCGGCUGAGAUACGAAAGCUUUCUGCUGUUCUUUUUUUGGUAGCCUGUCCCAUUUUUGUGCCCCAGGGGAACGGUAGAAAUUUGUUAGAUCCAACCUUAAUUGGGAGAGAGUUGCAGUCGUUUGCUAAUGAUGCUCUUGGAGUGGAUGACCUUCAAGUAAGACUACAUCUCUACUAAUCUAAGCUUUGACUGAUCUUCAACUAUUGAAAUAUUCAAUGAUCAGUCUCCUGUCAGGUGUAUUACACAUGAUGAUUGCACAUAAUGAAAGUUAAGCUCAAUUCGAUAAGUCAGCUGACAAAGUUGAUUAUUUGUGCAAAUAUGAAACGCUGAGUAUACGUGGGAAGUUCAUUAGACAUUAAUUUUGCGACAUACGAACAGAGAGGCUCGAGAUUAAUUCCGCUUUGUGGUUUUAGAGUUAGCGUUUAGCGUACAAAACAAAUCAACACUGCACAGUAUACGUCGCUUAGAAAGUGAAUUCGCGUUCUUUUAAUCUCCAUCGCGAAUAUUUGAAAUGACUUCUUAAUACAUUUGUCAAAUGUAGGCGAAGUCUCCUGGAUCCUGGAAUUGAUUUCCUUUGAACCAUAUCCAAGUUCAGAAAAAGAAAGAAACUUUCUUCGUUAGCGUUUUUACGUCCUCUAUUAAAAGGGAAAACAGCCAUUUUACGUCGUGGCCUUGAAGUAACGGCAAAGGAAUGUAAAAGAAUAGUGUGCUGUACAUGCUGAGUAGUUGUUUUACGUAUAAACCUAUUGCUUUCUUGAAGUCCUUGUUGUCGUCACCGUUGUUGGAUUUUAAUGUCCCCUUUCUUGUUACUGAAAGCGGCGACAGCCCUAAAAAAGGAUGUCAGCGAAUAUAUAUGUAAUGUAUUUUAUAUGAAAUCCCAGAUACACAACGGUCGGCCUUAGAAGCGUAUUGGGCUUUUAUCUAGCUGGACCAAUAUCUGUCGGCGGAAUUCCUGAGAAACAAAUUUAGAUGAUCUUUAAUUUUUCAGAUUUCUGACUAAAACCAUAUCAGCGUCGGAUCUUUUAAUGGUUUGCCGUCCAGAACUACUAAGUUAAAGUUUACUGAUACGUUUCCUUUUUUUAACAUAUUGAAGGAUAUUAGUGAGUAAUUAUUACUCAGCCAGAAACUGGAAUAUGUAUGAAGUCAGAGCAAAAGUAUUGGAAUUACAGCGUUCACGGUCCGCUAUGAGGCAAAACAUAGUUGGUGGUAAUCGCAUUCAAAAAUAAUUUCAAUUUAAUUCACAUUAAAUUUAGAACUAAACCGUUAAUGAGUAAAAAUAACUCGAAAGGAUUCUCUAUACUAAAUUUCCUGUUUUUUUUGGUUGGCUCAAAGGGACCAUAUAUGAUCAUAUUAACUACGAUAUUGUGAAUGAACGCGCCAUAACAUCAAGAGUAAACCAAAAGACAAACAGCUCGCUUAUUUUCUCUUGAGUGAUCUAAGAACUUAGAGCUGAUUUUUCUCGCAAAGGACAAAUUGCGACCUAAGAAAAGAAGUUCUUAACUGAUAAGUCAAAUGCAAUAAUUUAGAGGGUGCAGAAGUGCGCAUGCGUCAUGAGCGUCUUAAUACUGUGCUUAAAAAAUCGAAGAAGUCGUGGUUUUCGCACAACUAUGAUUAGACAACUGAGAUCAAGCCUUUGUCGCCAGCUAAAACAUUCUUCUUGUAUUUCUACACUGACUACAACAAUACAAUGAUUCUCUGAUCAUGAGAAUGUUGUUGAUAUCGAAAAAUAACAUUUUUACCCUGUAUUUUGUCACUGUUGUCUAGCUAUUUUGACUACGUACUGAAACUAUCAAAGGAAAAUUUUGAUUAUUCUAUUUUAUUUUUUACAGACGUAUUUUAAUCAACUGCAGUAUCAGACGAAUAAACUAGAAGGAAACACGGCAGACCUUUCUGUGAACCUCAGAAACAAGUUCCAAACAAGAUUUGCAGUCACAAAACGACUUAAAGAUAAAGUUGAAGCUUUAUACGCCAAGCCUCCGAAACCCACGACAGCAAAACAAUGCUGUGAUAUCGACAAAUCCACCCUGAAAUACGAUGAACUUUUCCGCACCAAAGUCGACCUUAACAACAUUUGUUUGAAGAUUUCUGGUGCUGCAACCCCAAACCCUAGACAUUUGGAUGCAGAAGAAAUUUUAAAAGAAAUGAAAGACAUUCAUAUAAAAAACCCCUUUAUUAAGUGGCAGUACUUUGCAUCUGUGGAGGGUGUCUAUACAGGUUUUCCAGUGUUUGACGAUCCAGCCCCAUGUGACUUCUAUGACCCUCGAUACAGACCAUUUUAUGUAGAAACCGCCACCCCUGAAGCUAAAGAUGUUGUGUUGGUUAUCGACUCAAGUGCGUCUAUGACUGGAAACAAGUUUACUAUUGCUAAAAAAGCAGCAAAGACGGUGUUAGACUCGUUGAAUCCGAAAGAUCAGGUGGGUCUUCAAAAACGUGUUUGACAAUGAUAAUAAUAAUAAUUUUUUUUCUUUUCUUUUUCUAUUUAACAAAACUUUAUUCAUAGAUUUAAAAAAAAAUAGACUAUUUACAGAUUCAAGAAUGUGAAAUAUUAAAAUAUAUACCCUAUGUACUUUCUUCUUGUGUACGAAAGAGAAUUGUCGUAAAAUGACUAUCUAAAGACUACUAAUAACAAUUAUAAAAAGCAUCAAAAAGUUAAUAAAAAAAUAAAAAACUAGUUAAAAAAUAAAUAAUUCAAACUGAUAAAAAGUUACUACUUAAAUUCUGGCUUGCGCACUUUCCGAUGUAAUGUCAAUGUCAGAUAUAUUGGCUGCUCUUCUCUUGCUCCUGGUUCCUCUGAGACACAGCAAGGCUGAUCGUAGGAUGGCAAAGGAUACUUUCGCCCUUAUCCAAGAUAUGGUUGUAGCGUAGUCAUCUCCUUUCUUUAACGCAAGUAGCUCUGCGAGGCGGCUAUGGAAUCUCUUGCAUUCAUCGGCCAUUCCACCUGUGCUUGUAAAGACUAAUGGUGUGAAUGUCCCUUGCUCCACUUCUAAUAAUAAUAAUAAUAAUGACAAAUUUUAUUGAAGUGUCAGUUACUUUAGCUAUAUAUGUACAGCAAUAAACUAAAAUAAUAAUAGUUGAAAAAAAGACUAUGUAUACAAAGGAAGAACAAUUUAAGAGCUACAUAAAGUGCAUUCCGACCCACAUUUGUCUUCCAUCAAGUGACCGGCUAAAUCACUUUUCCUAAUUUUCUUUUUAAAUUUUUCAGUUUCAGUUUCAGUUAACUUUCUUAAAGCUAUUGGUAAUUUACGCCAUAGAUACGGACCAAGAUAUUUUAUACAAUGUUUAUCAAAAAUUAUCGUGUCAGAAUUACGUAGAUUAUAGUUAGUGUCCGAUCUUUGAAACAUCUCAGAAAUAUAUUCUGGAGACAUUCCGUUCUUAACGUCCUGUUAUGUUUAUGUUUAUUAUGUUUAUUUAACAAUUAAUAUCAUAGGUGACGAAUUACUCCUUAAUUUUGGCGCGAAAUUUCAGCGUUAAUUUGUAAUUUCACAUGUGAAAUUACUAAAUUGCCAUGGCAACCUGCCGUACGUCUCAGUGUCAAGAUGGCGACGAAGUUUUAAAAAGUAAUGAAUGAAGAUGUCAGGGCAUAAAAAGACGCUUUAGAAAACCUGAACACACGAAAGAGCACAUCAAGAAGGAUUCUUAGAGGUAUGUUGUCGAAAAAUUCUGAAAACUUAAGCCAAAUUUCAGCUCUAAACGUUUGAGAGAGUGGAGUCACGAUCGAUCGAUGCGAUCCAGCAUAAAUAAGUCCAAAAUCCUCGAUUGCUAACGUAAUUCGUCACCCAUGAUAUUAAUAGGUAAUCAAAUGGUAUACUCGUGAAAUUAGGGAAUAAUUUCACGUGCGUUUUGUCCAAAGCCUAAUAAUUUGGACAAAACGCGCGUGAAAUUAUUCCCUAAUUUCACUCGUCACCAUUUGAUUACACAUACUAAUGAAUAAGGCUGAGUAUCUUAUAAAGAACUAUGGAGAUAGAGGAGGGCGUUAUCCGCCAUAACACCCUCCUCUAUCUCCUUAAUUCUUUAUAAGAUACUCAGCCUUAUUCAUUAGUAUGUGUAAUAGGAGGGUGUUAUGGCGGAUAACACCCUCCGAGAUCUCCAUAAUUCUUCAUAAAAUACGAAAGCCGAAUUCAAUAAUUGUGUUAUUAUUCAUUCAAAAUAAUUCCUAGUUUAAAAAUAAAGCUAAAACAUGCUUACCUCCAUCGAUGUUAAGUUCACCUUCGAUAGUGCACGUUUAGGGUUUUUCAGCUGCGCAAAUGUUCUCCAAAUAGUAGAUGUCGCCCUUUGAGUUGUGUUCUUGCCAUGUUUUUAGCUAUAAUUUCGCCUAGUUCUUAUUCUUGAAACGAGUGAAAUGUCCGUCAUUUUUUGUUUUCACAACCAAAACAACUCAACCUCGUCCCUAGGUCCUGUCGGUUAACGGUGCCUUAACCUGCAAGAACGCUGCAUUUUUGACGUCAUUUCCUCGUUAAACACAGAAUAAUUCCAAAUUUGGUCACCCGUAACUGGUUAUGGUGAAUUGUACGUGAACUUUAAGCCAAUCAGAUUCGGGGAAUUAUUUUGAAUGAAUAAUAAUACAAUUUAAUGGCAUAAUUUGUGAAAGAGUUACAGCGACCCCAUAUAAAAACAAAUAACCUUAAAUCACCUGAUAUAAUGUUCGUAGGGUUGUCUUCUUCAACAAGGUCUUGUAACUUGAUGUGUUGUCCUUAAAUACCGCUCGCAAUUCCCAGCUUCUCUUGCGUUCUUUCCAAUUUGCGCUUGUCGGAUGCUCUUAUGCAUAACCAUGCAAUUGAACAAUAGUUCAACCCAGGAAGACAGAUUUAAAAAGAAGCAACUUGGUCUUCCCUGAACCAGUUUCCUCAUCCUUGCCAGAACUCCAGACUUAGAAUUAGCUUUGGAGCACAUUAACUUAACCUAGUCACGAAAAUUAAGUUUGUUAUCUAGAACGACUCCUAAUAAUUUCAGAGAGUUUAAGCAUUCGAUCUCCUCAUGAUCAACAGUGACACGUGUCCCCAAUGUGUCUUUAGUUCUGGGAGCUAUGAAAAUUGCUUGAAACUUAUCUCUGCUUGCUAGAAGUAAAUUGUUUCUGUACCAGUCAGUCACUAUCCGUGCUUCAUUGUUUAAGGCUGACACGACUUUGGUAAGCGAGUGUUCAUAUGAAUUAUGUGCAUAGUUAAUGAUUGUCCACGUACAUAAAUAGAUCCCAGUUGUUUAUGCUGUAGUAUAGAUCAUUUUAAAAUAUGUUCCACAGCAGGGGUCCAAAGCACGAACCUUGGAGACACCCCUCCCUUUAGUUAUGCCAUACACUUGUAGAAGUGGGGAGUUUGACCCUGCCUUGCCGAUCCUGGAAUCACGAACGUAGCAGUUGUACCCACUCAUAUAAAAAAUUGUAAGCUUCUAAUUUCUUUAUCAUCAGAGCGGGCAACAGAGAGUCAAAAGCCUUACUGGUAUCUGUGGAAAUAACUCCCACAUAUUUUCCAUGGUCAACAGCAAAUUUCCAAUCCCCGAAUAGUCUGUCUUAGUCCUUUCCUGUAGGCCGAUUGAUAUUUUAAGAGAAAUGACUCCAAUUUAGAUGUAACUUGCUUACUUUUAACUGCUCGAAAAUUUUAUUAACAGCAUUUAGAACAGUCACUGGUCUGUAGUUCUUCAUAUUACUUUUAUCGCCUUUCUUGAACAGGGGAACCUAUUCAACUAACUGAGCGAUUUCACGCGCACUAAUUGGACAAGAACCACAACAUGGUCCAUAAUUAAGAGUGCAGAUCAUGGUGUUUCCAUCUCUUUUUCUUGCGCGCGCCAUUUUCUGAGAAAGUUAACUGAAAAUCGGCCUAAAAAUCUGUAAAUGGUACUGUAAAAAACUAAUCUACAACAAUUUCCCAUCGUCUACAUCUUUAUCAACCAUAUAACUAAUGUCAAAAUGAACAAAACUUUAAUGUAGUGAAACCACUCAGUUACGGCUUGUGGUUCCACUUGAGUUUAGACUAUUUUGACGUCAUUUCUAUGAUCGAUAAGAGUACAGACCUUGACAAAUUGUUGUAUAUUUGCAUGGGCACAAAGGAGGUGCUCGCUCCGGGUUAUAAGCUCCUGCUCAGUUACAUUGGCGGUUUGAAAUAGAAGCCCAUAAUUUAGAGCAAGCAACUUCCCUGUGCCCAUGUAACAGCGUUUCCACAGACCACUUUUUUUUAGAUCGAGUUUCCCGCGAGUUUUGAAUAUCAAAUAUCAGUAAUCAAAAAUCGGAGACUAGGGAAAAAAGUAUUUCUGAUGUUUAGAUAGCAUCUACUUCUUUUUGAUAUUAUCGUUUGAAAAUAUCAUUCUUUUAUUGUAUAAUUUCAUCCGGUGCUUCCAUGAUACAUAAAUACAUUGAUCAUGAUGAAAAUGAUAUAUUUUUGGUUACUUUUCUCCAAGGUGAAUGUAGUUUCCUUCAACACAGAAGCUUCAACGGAUGGUGGUUCUGACGUCACAUCUUGUUUCAGUGAGCGAUUAGCUCUAGCAGUUCCUGAGAAUAAAAGAAGCCUGAAGAAAUACAUUGAUGGACCCAAGUUUAUUGCUCAACGUAAGUCUAAUAGUUUUUCACUAUCAUGUUUCACUUCGGCAAACUCUCUAGCCUGCGUAGCAGUCGUUUCCGUUUCCUGUAGGCUAAUUGGGCAAGCGCAAAAGAGCACAAGGAAAAAAUGAGAAAAAAGGUAAAAGAGAAAGGGUGGGGGGGGGGGAGGAAAGGAAACUGUUUCUUCUUUCUCCCGGGCUGUUUGGGCAUGUUUCACUUCGGCAAGCUCCCUAGCCUGCGUAGCAGUCGUUUCCGUUUCCUUUAGGCUCAUUGGGCAAGCACGAAAGAGCGCAAGGAAAAAAGGAGAAAAAAAGUAAAAGAGAAAGGGUGGGGGGGGGUAGGAAAGGAAACCGUUUCUUCUUUCUCCCCCUCCCGCUCCUUUUUUCCGCGCGCGUCGUUUUGCGCUUUCCCCGCUAGGCCUAAAGGAAACGGAAACGACUUCUACGCAGCCUACAAGCUCCCACAAGCGGCCAGUUAACCCCUAAAUCUAUAGUGGACACUUAUGAAAACCAUUCUCUUGAGCGUCCAGCUCCAAUAACGCACACCUUUUUCGCGCCCUGAGGUUGUCCGCUGACGAGAAGUUUCACUGUAGUACCUUACAAUGUUUGGGCAGCCAUGUGACAAGUAGCGGCAUCAAGGUCCAACUAUUGCUGUCCUGCUAGGAAUCAUGAUCAUCAGCAACCUGCACCGGACAGCGACAUGGCUGGAGGCAAACGUAGGCUGCUGCCCAUAUAAAUAACUGUAGAGUAUAUCAUUUGCCAUCUCAAGCUAGAUUCCGCUUGUUGAUUUAGCGGUUCUGUCUACGGUUAAAAUGGAGACUGCCAUGGGAUUUAAAAGAGCAAUAUGAAUCUCUAAACGGCCUGCACGUAUCAACUGAUGGCCCGUUGAUGUUUUUGCGGAAAGCAUUUUAUUUUUGUUGAGCCUGUUACAAUUAUGAGAAUGAACGCCUCCUAUCUAUCAAACACCUCUGCUUGGAACCCUAAAAUUAGAUAGACGCCCCGGGCGUUUAUUAGAUCAUUUACAGUAUUCUCUUCCGCGUCGGCAACCUACCUACCCCCCAUAUUAUGCGAAACUAACUUUAACUAUUUAUUGAUUCAUGACUCUUCAGGUACAUCUGUUUAUCAAGUGGGAUUGCAAAAGGCCUUUGAUCUGUUGAAAGCUUCUGCUGUUGGUGAAUCUGACAAAACUAAGAGGAGAAUUAUUUUAUUUCUCACGGAUGGUGAUCCCACAGAUAAAAGAGAGUUGAUCUUCAAAACGAUAAGAGACAGAAACUUAGAGCUGAAUAACUCAGUCAUAAUUUUUACCUUUGGAAUUGGCACGCAUAAUCCUGAAAUCCUCACAGACAUUGCCAAUCAAAAUACAACAAAGUAUGGUCAUCUGCGAAAUGUGUCCGUUGGAGAUAUAACGGUAAAGUACAUGUAGAUCAGUUUUUCAAAUCUGCAAGGGUAAUUCGCUUACAUGUAAGGCAGCUUCCUUGUCAAAUCUCAGACGCAUUCAGUUGUAUUGAAACGGUUUUAACGUGGUGGCUUCAAAACUUAAAGAAAACCUAGCUCCGCUAACUGACGGCCGGCGAGUGCUUUGUAAUGAUCCCAGAAACACUUGCGGGAGGGGGGCAUUUCGACUUCAGUUCCCUUAUCGUUUCUAAAGUGACGAAUUUUUUUGACAAAAUUCGAUUGAAACGCGAUGAACUUACUUUUGCAAAAUUAGAGAAUAAGAGCUCCUACUUUUUAAAGAAAAUCGCUUGAUGUAUGAUACUAGAGCGAGAGCAACCUAUCGUCAUGGACGUAGUGUCUUAUCUAGAAAGCAGAAGUUUCUCGUCAAGGGUUUAAGGUGGUUUUGAGCUCCAAAGCAUUUAGUUUAUUUUUAUACUAGUCACGUUCGUAAUUAAUCGCCUUAAGAUAGUUCAGUUCAAAAACCGUAUACUUUUGAUCUUACUAGCUUUCCUUAAAGGGUUUGCUAAUAUUUAAUUAGGUGCAGGAAGAUCCUCAAUCUGUAAGUCACAGCUUUUUGUCCGCUUUUCCUCAUUAGCAUGGACAGUACACUGCAGUAACGGAAGAUAUUAACUCGCUGCGAACUAAGAUGGUAUCAUACUAUAAUUUUCUUCCUCGAGCGCGGCUGGAUCAACCAGUAGUGUCUGUCCCGUACAUUGAUGGAUUUGGAACAGGUAUUGUUUGUCUCUUAACUCCACGCUGCCCCUCUCCCACCACCACAACGUUAAAUAGCUAAUAUAAUAGGGUGAAAGAUACUUCUUAGUUUUGGCGCAAAAUGCAAGCUUUUAUACAAAAUUUAUAGUUUCACAUGUAAUAGUACAAAAUUGCCCUAGCAACGUUUCUAAGAUGGCUUCUUAGAGGUUGAAGGAUGUUGGGAGGACGAUUUUACGUCAUUGCAAAAAGACCCGCAAAUAGUCCUCGCGUAAUAUAAACACAUUUAAAAAUGGGACAUUAUUGCCUCUCGCUUUGUUAUACUAGCCCUUUGAACUUGAUGGCUGCACAACUUUCAAUAGGUUUCAUUUUGUUUUUAUUGACCAAUUAAUACUUAGCACUAAAUAUUCAGUCACAAUUUAUAAGCAAAAAACAAAAGAUUAAUUGUGCAUCGUCAGGAAGUUGCAUGAAGAUAAAUCGUAGAUACUCUUGCUUUUUAGCCAUCUUAGCUAAAGAAGAAACAGAAAGCAAAAUGCAGUGAUAAACAUAAGAAAAUAUAAAAGAUUUUUGGAAAGAAAUAAAACUUUAACUCGACAUUUCUUAUGUUCCUCCGACCAACAAUACUUGAAUCACGAAAUUUGAUGCCGUUUUCUCAUAUUUCCCCUUUCAAGGAAACACGAAAAUAAGACCCCGCCAAAAACGCGAAGUUAAGUACCUGUGAAAUUAACUGUAAUAAUAAGGUAUUUGGUGGCGGGAACAGGUAAAAAUAUGUGAUCGAAGAAUUAAGAACUUGAAGAAUUGUUUUUCUCUUGUGAUCAGGUCUGCUGAUGUCGAUCACUCUUCCAUGCUACGAUGAAACAGGAAACUUCAUUGGCGUAGCAGGGACAGAUAUCAACCUGGAGGACCUUCUAUCUGACAUCUUAUUCUUUAAUCAGGACCAGACUACGUACGCCUUUAUGAUCGCUAAAACAGGAAGGACCUUAAUUCACCCUCUUCUGCCAACACCUUCUGGAGCGUAUGAUGACCCUUUUUUCAUAGACAUUAGGACCCUGGAAUCUGAUUCGCAGUUCCUUGAGGUGUUUGCUUCUAUGACAAGGUAUGCAUGCAUGUGCUUUCGUUUUAGCUAUUUGCUCUUUUUUUGUAUGUGUUAGUGGCCUUAAACUAUAAACAAGACAAGGCAAGGUGAGCUGAGAGAGACGUGAAUGUCGUCCCAUGACGUCAGCAACGUGCUGACGUGUGUACAUCUUCAUACAUUUCUUUGCGUAAAAGACACUAUUCAGUAAUCAUGGAAGCUUGCUUAUGCUAAAACGCUCUGUGUUCUGAGCGCCAUAACACUCGGAUUAAAGGAUGUCUGGUCUUCGUUUUCCUCCCUCGCCUGGAGAUUAGGGUGGGGUGGGCUGGUGUCGAUCUUUGUUUGUUUGCUUUACACUUUUUUUUUGACUUUGGUGACUCUUCUGUUUUAAACAAACAGGGGUGAAUCUGGAUCAACAACUUUCGUAGCCACACGGUAUUUACCUCGAGGAGGUGACGUCAAAGACGGAGUGGCAGUAAAGCAGCUCAAUUCAUCUUAUUUUUGGUCUCCUGUGGAAAAGACGGAUUUUUCCAUUGGUGUGGUUAUACCUGUUAUCCAUGUAAACGAGGUGUUAAACACUUUACAAAUUCCCAAAGGUAAGGAUGGUUUCAGUUUAACAAGUUUAACUCAUCAUCGUCCCGCAAUUCUGUUCUUGUCCCCUAAGGAAAGUCCAAGUCUUAAGUCCAGAUAUCUGUUAAAAGGUUCAUUGUCAUAAACGUAUGUUUGCCUCCAUUGAUUUAGGUUACUCUUUCAAGUAUCAUCGAAUAGACUUGGAUCCACCUCAACAUCCCUGCUUGCACUUUGGAAAGACUGUAACUAGCGGUGGGUAUAAUUAAAGUACUGUUAUAUAGCUUGUAGAUAGGAAGCUUAAAUCAAUAUUUCCCUUAUACCUUGUAGCUUGUUUGAUCCGUGAGCACCUUGCGAGCAGAGCCUCUUUUUGUCUUCUUGAGAGAGGAGGAGAAAACGAGGCUCUGCCUGAAUCACGUGAAGCCUUUAAUUGAAGCAGCGGUAGCCCGAAAUUCUGGGCCAGUCAAUCUUUAUUUCCCCUCGUCAAACUGGGUUUUGGGUAGCCUGCGUAGGAAGCCUUUCCAAUCGAGUUAUUGCGCGAAAGUAAAAGCUGGAGCAGAAAAAAAUUGAAGGCCCUAGAUUCACUCAACAUGGCGGAAAGGGGGAAGAAGCUGCAAGAAAAUGUCGUGGGAUAGCAUGGACGGACCAAGAUGUUAAGGAAUUAAUUGAAGUUUUCGUCCACCAUGUUUUAACAGAGGAAGCAGCAUGUGCACUAGGCCCAAUCGAGUACACUGGCCGAGAUGUUGAGGUUUUUACCCGUACUAAAUCAUAAUUCCACAUCGCUUAGGACGGUUGACAAAAGGACGUGUAAAUGAGUAAUCAGUACUAUUUUUUUUUCACUUUCAUCCGAGCCGUACAAAAAAUUUCCUGCCGUGUAAGUGGGGCGUUCGUUUCAAACGUCGAACUUUUCAUGUGCCGAACCUAAUGUAUAAAUUAUCCUACCGAUCAAUGGAGUCAGGAUUAAGUAUGAUUGCGCGACCUGCCAGCUCAGUUCAAUUUGUGCUUGCUCAGCCAAGCGAUCGGAGGUUUCAUUUGACCCCCCCCCGCCCGUGUUAGAAAUUUGGUAGAGUACCACACCAACGGACGCUGUACCGUAUGAGAGGAACAAAGUUUUGGAGCUUUUUAAGUCACACGUUGUCUGUAUCGGUGAAAUCACUAGAACCACAAGCAACGGUAUAGUACAUAUAGAUUUAGGAGACAUGGCGGGAAAUCCUGAAGUCUUGUCUCUAGAGCCAGAAAUUGGCAGCAAAAAAGGAAAAAAAAGGCCAAUCCUGAAGGGAAUGAUUCUCACCAAAAAGUCACAAAGCCAAGAGCCAGCAAAUUGACUGAAACGCCCAAAGGCGAGAGAAAGCAAAAGAGAGGGCAUGACGAACAGGAUACGGCCAGCGAAGGCCCGAGCGAUAAUGACGCCAAAGUUGUUAUUUCGCCACAGUCAGCAAAGGUUGACUAACCGCAGCCUACUAUACAAGACACAUUGCUGGCGACAAUGCAAGCAGGUUUCGAUCUUUUUGCAAAUAUCUUACAAGAAGAGAAGGCUCGAAAGAGUAAAAAAAAGGCCAGCAUCCUCAGAAAAGCUGGCAGAUCGCCCAAUCUCACGUGAUCCCCGAAUGCCGUAAUGAUGAAGUAGAACUGUUGUCGAUUUGUUAAAUUGUUACCUUCAUUUUGUUCACCUAGAUACAACCGUUGUAAAAUUUGCCCCCCUGGCAUUUAUGGAUCCUUACAGAUACAUUGGCAUGAACGAAACCACAGUUGACGUGAAGAAGCUUCAUGAUUUUAUGAUGGGAAGAACUACUUCGAGUGAAUAUCAGAAGUUAAGACCAGACAUUCGUGACACCGUCAUCGCUACCUGGAGGGCGGAAAAGCUGUGGCUACGUGAUAAAACUGAGCUUACUCAGUACUUGGUUUGGCGAUACAUUGGAACAGCCAAUGGAGUUUUUAGAGCAACUCCUGGUGCUGUGGAGCAAAAAAGCUAUGACCCCAGAAAUAGGCCUUGGUAAGCGUGUGGCUUUCAGUAAAGAAAGAUCUCCUUGCUAGACAGAGUGUUCUUUGUAAAACAUUUAUGUUAUUCUGAACGGCCUUGCCAAAUUGGUCUUGAUAUAUUACAGCGGUUACCACAAACACGUGUCCUCGACUGUGAAGGAUUUUUCCUCUCUUUUGAAAGCUGGUUUUUCGUGGACGUCAAUCAACUGUUUCCAUGGUUUUCUCACGCGCCCAUGCAGACUGAGAAGGUUCUCUCAUCGCUGAAUGAUGGGAAAAGACUAACAAGAAUAAUUUCGAAUGACGACGGCGUUUUUACUACUUCAUCAAGAUAAAGGAUUACAUUGUUAAAACAACGAGGUCUGUGCGAGCUGAUUGAAAUAGCCGAAACACUCCUCUACAGUUUGCGUGAAUGUAAGGUGUUAAGGUUUGCGAAACACGUAUUUCUAGUUUGAAUGAUAUUCUUUUCUUCUGUGCAGGUAUUACGCUGCAGUAAGUAACUCAGGCCACCUUACUCUUACAACUCCGUAUCUGGAUAUGGGAGGAGCCGGGGAAGUUAUUACCGCUGCUCGUUCUUUGUAUCAUGGAGAAUCGAGUGAUAAUGUUCUUGGAGUAAUGGGAGCUGAUUUUCCUUUGAGACACUUUCACAGGUAUCCAAUGGUAUAAGUGUAGAAUACUUUGCUACAAAAAAUUGUUUUCAUGGGGCUUUCAAACUUUGAUAUGUAUUACAACUCUUUAUGUCAGUGGUGAAAUCCCACAAAUAUACUUUUGCUGAACUUUGUUCUUAUAAUAAUAAGUUUUUGACAUUCAUUCAAAAAUUCCUCCUUUCUGAUUGGCUCAAAUCCCCCGACUGAUUCUUCAUAACCAGCUGGUGUUGACAAAUUUUGAAAGAUUUUAGCCGAUAUAAAGGAAACUGACGUCAAUUGUACAGAUAUGAACAGAAAAUGGGACAGCAAAGGGGGCGGUGGCUCAGCUGUUUUAACAGUGCUGGAGAAAAUAGUGGAACACUCGUGAAUUGAAGAUAAAGAAAAGAGGCGUUACCCAUUUAUACACAUGGAUAAAUUGAGGCACUGUCAGAUUUAAACUGUUUCCCAAGAUAAAACAACGAAAUGACCCGGCAGGGCUCAAAAUCCACAUCUCAAAAUCUGCAAUUGGAGUCCAUGGAAUAUGCCAUAAAGCCACUGCGCCUCUCGUUCAUUAAGUGAGUUUUAACUACAUAUUUCAGGUUACUUACAACGGUUUAUCCCAAGUGCGCACAAUCACUGCAGUACUCAUGUUUCAUUAUGGACAACUCUGGAUUCCUGGUAAUGCACCCGGAUUUCAUGUUGCCCUCAGCUGAAGCUAUCGAAGUGGAGCACGUUCAUAUCACCCAAAAGGAAAAGAGCAUCGCAAUUGAUUUAAUUAACCAUGGCUACUUAAUAAAGAGAACGUGUCGAAAUGUGGAAAGUAUAACAGAGCAGAGUUUUUAUGAACUUCAUUUGCCUCCGGAUGGAUUCAGUCAAUUACAUUCAAACCAGGGCUGCAAAUAUGAGCUUAGUCAAAUACCUGGAACAAACGUCUACUUAGGUUAGAUACUGAGAUGAUCUUAGUAAUAUAAUACUUUAGGGCCAAUUGCUCGUCAUAGGAAUGUGGCACCUAUUUGUAAAAGAAAUGGGGAGAGGAAGGGGUGAUAUUUAACUCACGUGAGUCAAUUAAGUAUUCAGCGCUCUUGCGAACCUCGAUCAGUUUUUGUCUUAAAUAUAGCAAAGAUAUGAUCAAAGCGCCUCAGUGUCUCAUACAUAAAUUACUUUAACUUCUGCAAUUCAAAGUUAGGGAUACUUAAGCAAAUUCAAAAGAAAAAUUUUAGGCAAAAACGUCUUUACAGUUGUACAACGGUAAGAUUUAAAAAUGUCAAGCAGAGUUUUCAAAAUGGCGUUCAUUUCCCUCAUUAUAUGAGAAAACAUGCAUGGAUGCGCUACAGCGGAAUAGACGUUUAAGAACACUUGGUCAUAAGUUUGCAUUGAUGAAAAAGUGACCUUCGGAGCUAAAAAAGGUUGCUAAAACAGUGUAAGAUUAGAUAGCGUAGGCACUUAUUGCAAAAUUGAUCUAGGGCUCCACUUUUUCGCACAAAAGAUGGUUGAUUACAUCGGACUAGCUUUAAACUGGAUCAUUUUGUUGGUCCAUCUCAUAACAAAAUAGUGCUGGAUGCAAGUUAUAUGUACGUCCUUUUAGAGAACAGUAGAAUUAUACUGGAUUGGACAUUGACGAUUUAAAACUUUCAGGCACAUUCAAACGGAUCGAUUAACAUCUAAACAUGCUCGAUAUUUCAACCGGCCUUGAUAGGGCUUGGUCAUGCAUGGUACUGAGAUCCACACUUUUUGUCAAAGCUCAGCAAUGAUCCCUUUCAAUCUUGACCGAAGAUAUGCAUUUAUUUAGUUGAAGUAUGAGUGGCUGAGUGAUUCAACCGUUGAACCAUUAUUUCAGAAUUUUCCUUGAUUCGAAGGUGCCUUUAGGGUUUUUAAAUAACCAACUAUAGCUCCCUUUAUAUGUAAUUAAGUAAGGUCAACCUGGCUUUUUUCUCUCCACAGGUGUUGUCGCGCGAGAUUCCCUCUGUGUUUCAUCGUCCUGCUCGUGCUCUUCAGAUAACGAAUGCUCCAGAUUAACUGGUUUGAAUUGUGAAUGUCCCUGUACCUCCACUCUGGAAUUUUUUUAUUGUCGAAGUCAGUUUCCAAACAGCAGGUUAGUCAACAUAAUCCAAAGUCCUUUUAUAUUUAGUGAGGAUGAACACCGAUUGGCCAAAAUACAGCUUUAAAAGUAAUUUUCAAUAACAUGAGACUUGGAGUCAAAAAAUUAACCAGCGGUUGUAAUCUUUGCUUUAAUCAAUCAAAAUUACGACGAAGUGAAACAAUCGAAUUAGACCGAAAUUCACCAACUAAAACCUAGUAAGGGCGUGAACUGAAAACCGGAUGUUUCCUGAAAGGUCUUCUUUGGUCAGAUUCAGACAAAAAACGUAAAAUGUUGGUCAAUUUUUUUUUGCUUUAGGGGUCGCAUAUUAUUAUUAUGAACAUUAUCAUUUAAAUACAAAGUGAUUUUUUGCUAUUUGUAAAAGGAACCAACAGAUCUUUACAAUAUGAAACCUUCAUCGAACCAAUAGCCUACUGGUAAAAUAUAUACAUCACUACCAACAUUAACAGUCAAAAGUCUUCACGUCAUAGGGGAUAUGUCACACUAUUUGCUAUCGUUUUGAAAAGUUAAAAAGUGUCUUCUCAUCAAUUGAACUCUAAAAAUAAUGGUCAGUUUUGUUAUUUUAAGACGAUAUUUAGGCAUUAAAACUGUUCCCUGUGGUCAGUUGCUACGGAUUGCAAGGAUGGACAGAGAUUGAAACUUGAAAAAGUUGGGCCAACCUUUUGAAGACCAAAUGCCCCUGAUGACCAAGUGCUCCCUGAUGAAAUUUCAGUUUGAUAUCUUCUUCAAUACUCUACAGAAGCAUUUCAUUUAUGGCUAAAGGCAUUAAGUAAUAAUUUCAGCACAGAUUUGACCUAAAACAGCGAUAUAGCAACAUGGCAACAUAGUCUCUUAUAUUAUCUGCUCUUAUAAAUGGCUAAUUAACUACCACAGAAAAUACCAUAACAUACCAUAUUGCUCUUUGUUUAUAAACCCAAAAUUUUACAUAAGCAUUGGCUUCAGUUUCUCUUGGGGCCUUUAAAAUUCCCAACAAAAACUGAAGACAAUGCUUAUGCACAAUGUCGGGUGACAAACAAAGAGCAAUAUGGUAUGUUAUGGUAUUUUCUGUAGUCGUCAAAAGGAGCAAUUUUUUACGAAAGUAGGCAAAUUGCCCUUAAUUGGCUGCAAUAGACAAUAAGAAUUUCACUUAGGAAGGAACAGAAGAGGCUGUCAAAUUGCAGUGAACUCACAAGAUUUAAGGUUAAUCACCCAGGAACAGUUAAUGAUUUAGUUGGAAUCAAGGCUAGAAUACCUCAUCCAGGGGUAGAUUUAUUAUGUGGUAUAUAUGUAGAGUUUUGGAUGUCAAGGCUUGAGUACAUCAUACUCCGGUCAUAUAGGUUCUGUAGCCGUAUCCAUAAAGUUUCGGUAUAAGGCUAGAAUGUCUCAUGCUUAGCAGGUAGAUAUAACUUGUCGUAAAUGCAGUUGAAUCAUCACCUUUUGUAAGAAACUAAUUGACUGAUUUCUUUCCUCUACUUUGUUUUGUAUAGCCUUCCUUUGUGCCCAACAUUUGCACCUUCAGGACAACCUAACAAUAAUCCUUUAAAUCCCAAAACGAUUUGUCUUAACAAAUGCUUUGAUCCCCAUUGUGAGAGAAGAAACAGUUCCCAUUGGUGUGAUGGGAUAGUUAGUUGUUACUGGUGCCGGAACGACAAGAACGGCAGAAAACUGAAAAAACCCUACUGCGCAAGCUCCGAACGCUGUUUCAGAGGAACAGAGUCUGCAACU